AUGCCCUCGAUGAUGCUCUCUGAGGGCUCCGCGUAUGGCAAGGCGCGAAAGUCGGCCGCUAAGGACCUUGUCGACGCGCACAAGGAGUUCUACAACGCGUCCUCCGCUUACGCGGACUCUCUCAAAACCGCCGGCACCGCGCUGUUAAUCUACUGCGAGGGGACGAAUAUCUUCAUCGGUUCCGCGCUCGGGGCGAAUGUUCCGCCGCAGGCCUUCCAGAACGUUCCGCCAGUGCAGGUGUCGGAAGUUUCCGGGGAAGGCGCGGCCGCGGGAGAUACGGCGGAGUCCGCGGCGGGGAACGCGGUGGAACAAAGUGGGUCGGGGGCGUCUAAUUCGAUUGUGCUUGCGGGUUCCGGAAGUUUCGCCGCGUUGCCUGCGCCGACUCCCGUUCCGCCGCAGCCCGUUGCGCCUUCCCCGUCCCCUCCCCCUCUGCCAAGAGGCGCGGUCCCGGCGGGGGCUUCUGGCGCAACUCCUCCGCCAGGCGCCGGCGGACUUCCGCCAGCCUAUCCGUACGACUCCGCACAGUAUCCACCACCUCCCUCCGGUUCCGGUUACCCUCCUCCCCCUCCCGGUUCCGGCUACCCUCCGCCGCCCCUGAUCGGCGGCGGAAACCCUCCCCCGCCGGGAGGUUCCGCGUAUCCCCCGCCGCCCCCGUAUCUAGGCACUCCGCCGCCCUAUCAGGGCACUCCUCCCCCUUACCAGUCCAAUUCUGGCGGGUAUGGCCCUCCGCCGCCAUAUCCCCCCCAGGGCACUCCCGCUCCGCCGUUCCCCGGACAUGGCUCCCCCGGCGGGGCUCCGCCUCCCGCGGGGGGCUACUCAGGGGGAUACUCGGGGGCAUAUCCGCCCCCUCCGCCGCCUGGCGGAGCGUACAGCGCACCCCCACCUGCGCCCGCGGGCGGAGCGGGGGGAUGGGAGCAGCGGCCGCAGGGGCAGCUUCCCCCUCCGCAUCCCGCGGGAAAUUCCGUGCAGAUGCUGAGCAGCUCCGGAAAUUUCGGCGCGCCAGGCGCUUCGGGAAUGAUGGGGGGGUCAUCGGGGAUGCUAGGCGGAUCGGGGCAAAUAAUAGCCUAUGUUGGUCCUAGCGGCGGCGCGGUUCUAGGCGACAAGUGGGCGGACGAGUUCGCUAAGAAGGUGAACGCGCAUUUCCUAGAAGCUUCCGCGCGGAUCACGGCGCUGGUGGAGCUCCUUAAAGUCGGGGCGCCCAUUCCGAAGAACGCGCUUCCACCGCUGACGGUGGCGGCGGCUACUAAGGAGGGCGGGCAGCUGGAGAGUAUUGGCGACACGGUUCAGAAGCUGCUCAACUGGGAGCGCGAUAUUAAAGACAAGAUCUGGGACAUGGAGACGAUUCGCGCGGAGUUGAAGAGCAAGGACAAGCGCGUGCGCAAGGAGACCGCGCGCGCGAGCGGGAACGCGAACGCGGAUCCGCGCAAGCUGGAGGGCGCGCAGGUGAAGCUGGGGGACGUGCAGCACCGCAUGGCGGGCGCGAGCGAGCGCGUGGUGACCACGUGUCAUGCGGUGGAGGCGUAUAAGACGGACCUGCUCUUCCCCCAGCUGCUCCGCCUGCUGCCCUGUCUGGUGUCCACGUGGCACUCUCUCUCGCAAGUGCACGAUCAGCAGCAGCAGCUGGCGACCAUGCUGGCCAAUCACUACAUGCCACCUGUCACCCACGAGGGAGCCACCACUGCCGGGCAGGCGCCACUUGCACCCGGCGUCAUGCAGGUGCCCAGCACCACAAAAGCGCAGCACGAGGCGACUAAGAAGCUGGACGACGCGUUCAAGAAGUGGCACUCCUCGCUCAGUGUGCUGUGUGCAGCGCAGCGCAAGUUCUUCUCAGCGCUCAUCACCUGGGUGCGAAAGACCCUCGCCUUUCCUCCAGACUUCCCCAAGCCGCCUCUCCCUGGCACGGCCCCUCCCCCGGGGCAGUACGUGGCCAGCUGGGCGCCAGGGGGUGCUGAUGGUGCUGCUCCGCCCCAGCCUCCGCCUCCCCCGCCAG